AUGCGUGAUCAUCACUCUGACCGCAUCGCCAAAGAGCUCGACUCUCGUCCGGCGGAAGCCAGCAUCGAAAGUGCAGCCGCUCCAUGCAAACAGUCCACGAUACCACGACAUGAAGCGAUGAAGGAUUCCUCCCAAUCUGGCAGCGGCGAUGGGUCUGAACAGGAUGGGAAUCCUCUGCCAGGCAGCGCAGACGCAUGGCAGAAAUGCCCCCUCGGCGACUACAAAACUUGGCCUCGUGAUUUGCGCUGUCACGCCGUGACAAUUAGCUCACUGCCGUACGCUGCGGCGGUGUUCUGGGAUGGGCAACUCCUUCUGUUCCAUAACACGUCGUGGAAGAAUGCUGGUGGCAUCGUGAAGCAAGGCCAGCCUUGCUCGGACCAUCUAUCAGCAGAAACGAGGGAGGUCAUAGAAGCGGUCAAGUCUCGUGGGAUUCCAAAAGAGAUACAGGGUCACGGCCUGUUUCAAGAAGAGGGCAGCGCAACGCGGCAACAGUCGACAGCAAUCGCUAGUCCACUGCUGGGUCACGGCAAGAAUAAAUCCGAAACCAAAGGAGUGCUAAUUCAGCUUCUCCCUCGGCCCAUGCUGUAUAGAUCGCUCGAGAUGGGGGCUGGCGAACGUGGCACCGUGAUUGAUCGCAGCGGAGCCGAUAAUCCGAACGAGGAGGUGCAGCAAGUCGAGAACACACCCCUAGACGAGCAUCCGUUCUUUCGCCGCUUUGCCGAGAUGUUGCCAUCUGGACUGGCUAUUCUUGAUCACAAUGCUCGUGCUGUGUUUGUCAAUCAACAUUUCUACGAUCUGACCACGAUGCUAGAUACUGAGGACAAGUCCUUCACCAGUUGGCCCCAAAGUAUUCAUCCAGAAGACUAUGACAGAGUCAUGGCUGCAUAUAAGGAGGCGUUCUCGAGCCAGCAGCAGCUCCGUACAGAGUUCAGAGCGCGUGGCGAACCACAUCCGUGGCGACUUCUGCUCCUCACCCCUCUCGACGAUGACAACUUACAGCAUGUGAGUCUGCGGGAGAAGGGAGGCUUCAUAUGCAGCAUUGUCGACAUCAGUUCUGAAAAAAGCGCUGAGCUCAACGAGAGGAAAGCAGCGCAGCAGGCUCGUGAAAGAAAAGAGCAACAAGAGCGAUUCAUCGACAUGAUCAGUCACGAGAUUCGCAACCCCUUGAGUGCUGUGCUUCAUUGCGCCGAAGACAUCGGCGAUUCAGUCCGGGACAAGAUCGGCGAUCAAAUUGACAUCAAGAUGAUAGAAGAAGCCGUGGAGACUAUUUCACUGUGCGUGUCGCAUCAAAAGAACAUUGUGGAUGAUGUAUUGUCCUUUUCGAAACUGGAUGCGUCUCUGCUAUCGCUGCGUCCGAAGCCUUCAAACCCGGAUCACCAACUUGCGCAAACGUUGAAGAUGUUUCAGCACGAGUUCAAGAAGCAGAAGAUGCAAUUUGGAUAUCGUGUCGAUUCAUCAUAUCGGGAUGCCGGUAUCCGAACUGUGCAGGCGGACAUGCCGCGCAUUGGACAGGUUCUUAUCAACUUAAUCACAAACGCCAUCAAGUUUACGUCUCGUGCUCAGGGUGCCAAGAAAGUAGUCUGCUCAGUAGGAGCCAGCUUGGAGAGACCAAAGUCCUACCCACCGAAUGUUGUGUUCUUUCAGAGCGAGAAUCUCGCUUACAGAAUGGACUCUACGAACAGCAGCGAAUGGGGAAAUGGAGACUCUGUAUACAUCAUGGUGGCAGUGCAGGACUCAGGAAUUGGCAUCAGUGCAGAAGGACAACAGAAGCUAUUCGAAAGAUUUCGACAGGCAACGCCGAAGACUGAAGAGGUAUAUGGCGGCAGUGGGCUCGGCCUGAAUAUCUCAAGGAAGAUUUGUCAUCUACAUGGUGGCGAAAUUGGUGUCAAUUCCAAAGAAGGUGAAGGCAGUACAUUCGGAUUCUUCUUCAAGGUAAAGCGAUGUGAUCUCGACGCAGAUUUUAUGGAAGACCUGCAGCGCCAGAAGGAAGUUCGCGAUGAAAUCAAGAGCUUGGGUAUUGCUUCUCCGUCAGAACUAGAAGGAUUUGAGCCCUUCGAGUGGGCACCUUCGAUGCGGAAAGAGACUGCAGAAAGCUUCAGCGAUGCUCCGGGUGGCAACGUAGUAGACAGCGGCGAGAUUGAUGGAAACAUGCCGAAACAAGACAACACCUAUCAGGUCGCCCAGCGCCCGCGCAUCUCGAGAGCAGAACAAGAUUCGGGAAGGCUACAGUCACAGGAAUUGAUUCAAGACGGUAAAUCUGGGGACAAGACUGAAAGCCGCCCAGUGGCAGAUGUCAAACAAUCUGGCUCUCGAGCACAUGUCUUGCUGGUGGAAGACAACGUCAUCAACGCAAAGAUCGUAUUUCGCAAGCUGGAAGCAAAAGGCUUCAACGUGACGACAGCGAGUAAUGGCAGAGAGGCUGUCGACGCUGUUCGCGCUGCACCAAAGGCCUCUGGCGGUGAUAAAGCAGCGUUCGACGUAAUCUUGAUGGAUCAAGAAAUGCCUAUCCUGGACGGCAACUCAGCCGCGAAGGAAAUCCGCAAACUCGAAAAAGAUGGUUCGAUCGAAUACAUUCCCAUCCUUGGUGUCACGGCGAAUGUGCGAGGCGCUCAACUCGAUGAAAUGCUCGAAAGCGGUAUGCAGGAUGUGAUCUCAAAGCCUUACAAGAUCGAAGAGAUGGUUGAUAAAAUUGAGGAUGUGCUCGGCAAGAAAGCUAAGCAGGAGUUGAGCUCAAAGUAGACUCCGACCUCUAUUUAUCGACACUGCCGACGAUGAUAAGACCAGAUGACACAUCUUACAGUCUCCUGCAUCGGAAGCGACCUCAAUGACGGGACAGCACAACCGAAGCAUCUGUCGCAGCAGGCGCUUCCGACACUCAUGCACUGGAAAACCACCCCCGUAUGGCCGUCUUUGACAUGCAUGGAAUUGUAGCGCAUGUUUCCUUACGCCAGCUGCUUUCAAUCGGCAAAUCACAGGCCAUCGACUUUCUCAGGGAGUGCAGACGCACCGGACUUGACGAGUGCCUGCAGGCUUUAGCACGAAGCUGAAGCAUCUCCAUUCCGCGUCGAGCGAGUGUGAGCCUCGGAACCAAUGUAUGUGUUCUUCGCCUAACACAAUCAACGGAUUGAAACUUACGAACCAAGGUGAGAGUCCAUGGACGCCAUGGGAUCGAUGGAUUGACGAGCAGGCAAAGUCCAUGUGGCAGUAUCCUCUGCAUGGUGCACACGUGGUCAGUUGAACAGCGAUCUGGAAGAGGAAAGCUGUGCGACACGCAGCUUUCACUUCGAAGCUUGCAAACUUGAGGAUGUGAUGCUUGUGUUCGCGCAAAGUCAAGCAUGAAUGCAUCUCUUAGCUCAUCGUUUUCGCAUGCCCGCCAGACAUUAUUUACGAGCGCAAGGCAGGUGAAGUCUGCAGUCGUGCGUGUUCGAUUGCCAGUUGGACAACGAGUCUGGAGGGCAGUUUCGACUUUUCAUGAUCGCGAAUGCCAACGCCGAACACUCGAUGGCUGCAGCUGGUUGCACCUUCAAUCAUAAGGCGGUUGCGCAGCAUUGCAUCGGUCAGGCUGCGCGAGUCGAGGAACCAUGACAUGAGCUGCCGUGCAAGUACGAGGAAAGUGGAAACGAGGCACUGUGGCAGCGGGUGGCCUGAUGGCUUGGAGGCUUCGAAAAAGUCUGAAAUGUGGCGCGCGCCACCGAGGCAAUGCAAAAAAUGCUCGUGAACGAUUACAAACAGGUCUGCUGAGCUGACGGGCACUCCUCUUCUAUGUAUGAAGUCGAUGGCGCUGAGAUGGGCCCACAGUACAUUCUGCAAUGCCUAAACGAUCGCGAGACAUUUACGAGCUGAACCAUCCAGACAGAGUCACGCAACGAAGAACGCUAGAAGCGACGAAUGCGAACCACUAGGGCACAAUUUUGUACAGACGAUCGUCACCCAUAUGAGGCCGUACUGCCGAGGACUUUCAUAAUACGUCGGCGUUCAUUGGGGCGAAAAAACACCUCUUACCGCUUUCAGCAGGUGAUCUUCACUCAAGAACUUUAAAGUUGCCUCCUCCCCGCGCAGAUCACAUCCACGUU